AUGGGCAAAAAAGCAAAAGUUGGAAAACUUCGUCGCGAUAAAUUCUACCAUUUAGCUAAAGAAUCGGGCUUUCGAUCUCGUGCUGCAUUCAAGUUAUUACAGUUAAAUCGUGAACAUCGUUUUCUUGAAAAUGCUCGUGUUCUUAUCGAUCUAUGUGCAGCACCCGGUGGUUGGUUACAAGUAGCUGAAAAACAUAUGCCAAUAUCAAGUUUAAUCAUUGGUGUUGAUUUAGCACCAAUUAAACCAAUUCCACAUACCAUUACAUAUCAAGAAGAUAUCACAUCAGAAAAAUGUCGACAACUUUUGAAAAAAGAUCUAGCUACCUUUAAAGCCGACGUUAUUCUUCAUGACGGUGCUCCAAACGUCGGAAAAAGUUGGGUUCAUGACGCAUAUCAACAAAAUGUAUUGACUUUGAACGCGUUGAAGUUAGCAACAGAAUUUCUACGUAAAGGUGGUACAUUCGUGACGAAAAUGUUUCGUUCGAAAGAUUACUAUUCAUUACUAUGGGUUUUCCAACAAAUGUUCAAACGUGUAGAUUCAACUAAGCCUCAAGCUUCGCGUAACGAAUCUGCUGAAAUCUUCGUCGUUUGUCAAGGAUAUCAUGCACCGGAUAAAAUCGAUCCAAAGUUUCUCGAUUAUAAACAUGUCUUCACAGAAGUUGAUAGUGAUAUCACCGAAGCACAAAACAAAGCAAAACUACGCUUGAAACAUCCUGAAAAAUUCAUCCGAAGUCGAGAAGGUUAUCCGGAAGGAGAUUACACCUUGUAUCACAAACUAGACGCAACUAAAUUCAUCGAAAGCGAGAAUUUUUUGGAUCUUCUUGCAACAGCGAAUGAAAUUGUGAUUGACGACGAUCGUCUACUUCAACAUCCCAAAACAACAGACGAAGUCAAAGAAUGUAUCAAAGAUAUUAAAGUUCUCGGUCGACGUGAAAUCACAUCGAUUCUUGCUUGGCGUCGACAUAUGUUUGCAUCGUUUUACAAGAAAGCUCCACUUCGAACUGAAGCAACAAGUGAAGAGAAAAAAGUCGAAGAAGAGACUGAGGACGGUGAAAAAGACGAAGAAGAUGCCGAUAUUGAAGAGCAAUUAUUAAAACUUAACGAACAGCAGCGAAAAGAAGCGAAAAGAAAGCGUAAACAUGUGAUGAAAGAAAAGCGUAAACUACGUGAUCGUCUUGCUUUGAAAAUGGUCUUACCUGGUGAUGUCCAUGAUCAUGAAACAGCUGAAGGUGGCAAGAAUGAUCAAGGCUUAUUCGAUCUUGAAAAAAUCAGAACCAAAAAGCAACUAUUGGAAAUUUCAUCAGCUAUUCCAGAUAUGAAUUUCGGGGCUGACCAAGAAGUCAACAGUGAUGACGAUGUUUACCUCGGUCAAGGAAAGAAUCGGAUACCUCGAGUGGCGUAUGAUAGAGAGAAAAAUAAUGGAGAUUUAGCGUCGAUCGAUAUUUACAAACAAUACCUCGACGAUGAAAAUGAUGAUGAUGAUGAAGACGAUGAACGAAUUCCAUACGAUUCAGAACGACGUCAGCCGAAACUCGAUAGUGACGUCGACGAUGAUGAAUCGGAAAAUGAUGAAAAUAAAAACGAUGAAUGGGAAGAUGAUGAAGAAAAUCCAUUAGAUAUGGACAUUCUUGAUGCACCAACGAAAUCAGCAAAAGCGAAAACAGUCGCUGAUGUCUGGUUCGAACAGGACAUAUUCAAGCAAACAUUGAAUGCUGACGAUGAUGAUGAAGAGUUCGAAUUGGAAAGAAAAUUGAAUGCAUUAAAAUCAGAAGGUGUCCCAGUUCUUGCUAAAGCUUCCAAAAGUAUUCUGAAGAAUGGUAAAGCCGAUGACUCCAGUGAUUCAGAAGAGGAGAGUAAGCCGAAGAAGGCCAAACGUCCACUGGACAAAGACGGAUUUGAAGAAGUACCGAUCGGUCAACCAAUGAAACGCGUUCAUCUCGAUGCUGAAGGCUUAGCCAUUGGUCAUGUUAUGGCUCAAUCGAAAAAGAAUCGUGAACAAUUGAUUGAUCAUUCGUACAAUCGUUUUAUGGGUUAUGGCGACGCGGAAGGUCUACCGAAAUGGUUUGUUGAGGAAGAGAAACAACACUGUCGAGCAAGUUUACCGCUGACCAAAGAAGUUGUUCAAAGAUACAAAGCGAAAAUGAGAGAAAUCGAUGAACGACCGUCGAAGAAAGUCUCUGAAGCUAAAGCUCGAAAGAAACGACGUGAAUUACGUAAAUUAGAAAAAGUCAAAAAGAAGGCUGAACCAUUGCUGGAUAAUCCCGAUUUAGACAACAAAGAACGAAAUAAACAGAUAAAAGAUCUCUAUCGAAAAUAUGGUGUCAUUGGCCAGAAGAAAGCCAAUGUGAAAUAUGUUGUGGCGAAAAAAUCUCAACGAGGUGCCAGCCGACCAGCAGGUGCCAAAGGUCCGUACAAAGUUGUUGACAAACGUUUGAAGAAAGAUAAACGUGCUGCUAAAAAACGAUCAAAAUUUACCAAAAAGAAUAACUCAGCUGGUAAAGGAAAGAACCAACAGAGAUCCGGCAAGAAUAAAAAACGAACCGUUUACAGACAUCCGCGUGAUGAUGUUCAAAGUUUAUCGACGGCUGACUUCGUCUCAGCAAGUAUAUUGAUUUCCAUGGAUGCUGUUCCAGGAAAACUCAAUGCACUUCAACUAAACUUAAUGGCAAUAACUAAAGUUCUAAUGCAAGUGGUCUAUUAA